GGAAGUGGGCCGGCAGACAAACUGAUCAUUGUUACUCGUCUUAACGAAGAGUUUUCCACUUUGGCUCCAAUCAAGAUGCAGUGCAGCUGCAGCUCCUCGGUCGGUCACCUUUCCUCACCUUAUUGGAGCAGAACGGUGCUGUUUCCUGACUGGGCCUACAAACCCACGUGGUCGCCCGGCUCCCGACAGAUCCAGCUUUGGCACUUCCUCCUCGAGCUACUGGGCCGAGGCGAGGGCGGGGCCAUCGGCUGGGGAGGGGAGUGGGGCGAGUUUGUCAUCAGGGACCCUGAGAUGUUGGCCAGGCUGUGGGGCGAGAGGAAGGGCAAACCACACAUGAACUACGACAAGCUCAGCCGGGCCCUCAGAUACUACUACAACAAACGCAUUCUGCACAAGACCAAAGGGAAACGAUUCACCUACAAGUUCAACUUCAGUAAACUCAUUCUCGUCAAUUAUCCGGGAUACCCACCGCCAGCACCGCCAGCACCACCAGCAGCACCAGCACCGAGCCAUCAGCUCGUCCAGAGCGGCUCUCUUCUAUUCCCUCAUCUCGCUGCUGACAGUGGCCUUCCUCUCUGUGGAAGAGCAGGGUCAGUGAUGGACAGAGCGGUUCAGCCUCUGCCUCACCCCUUCCUGCUCCCGUGCUGCCUUCCUGAACCGCUCCCCGUGCCUCGGGCUCUCCACGGCCCUUUCCCCGUCAUCUCCACCCCUGCACGGCCAGGAGUCAACCUGAGGGAGCUGGGGGAAUUGAGCCUGAACGCUCGCUGGCUGCACAAGAGCCCCGCAGGGUGGGAUGUGAACCAUUACGUCAGUCGGAGCCUUUAUGAGGGAGCGAAGCAGACUCAACUUCAAGAUGAGGAGAAGGCAGCAGGGAGACGGUUAGAGUGA